AUGUACUCCUCGUCGAAUAAUUUCCUCGGGGGUGCCGGUCCCGGCCAGGCACCAUUCAUGCAACAGCAACAACAACCCCCCUAUUCGCAAUUCUCUCAAGGCCAGCAGCUGCCAUCAAUUCAACAACCUCAGCCCACUGGAUUUGCUCCGCAGCCUACUGGUAUUGCUCCACAGCCGACCGGAUUCGCCGGGCAGCCCUCCCCGUUCGGCAACUCGCAGCUACUGCCUCAAGCCACCGGAUUCCCCGCGGGACAGCUACAGCCGCAGUUUACUGGCUUCCCCGGCACCGUGCCCCAGCAACCCCAGCAGCAACAAGCGCAAAACUUCCAACCCCAAUUCACCGGAUAUCCUCCCCAGAACCAGGCGCAGCAGCCGCCUCCGGUGCCGCAGAUACCAACACGAUUCAAGACCUCAAGCGAUAUCGCGAACUCCUUCCAAGAUGUUGCUGGCUCUGGGACCCCUCCUCAGGUACCACCAAAGACAGGAUCAAAGAUCCCAAACAUUCGGCUUUCCUUUAUAACGGCGCAGGAUCAGGCGAGGUUCGAGCAGCUUUUUAAGGCAGCGGUUGGCGAUAGCAAGACAAUGAAUGGCGACAAAGCAAAAGAUCUUUUGCUGCGCUCCAAAUUGACAGGCGCUGAUCUUUCUAAAAUCUGGGUCUUGUCUGACACCACAAAAUCCGGACAGUUGUUCUUCCCCGAGUUUGCUUUGGCCAUGUACCUUUGCAACAUUCGUCUCACUGGCCGCGAGCUUCCUUCUGCCCUACCCGAGACAGUCAAGAACGAGGUUUCUAGUAUGGUCGACAUCAUCUCGUUCGAUGUCCCCGACACACAGCCGGCGCCGGUUCAGCGAACCAACGUGCCCAGCUUCGAUGCUCCUUUCAUGGAGAACAAGUCGACGCCUCCAAUCGUUCAACAGCCCGUCCCGCAGCAACCGAAUAACGCCCAGCUCCUGUCACAGCUGACAGCACAACCUACUGGUUUCUUCCCUCAACAGACAGGUAUCCAGCCCAACCCGACGGGCUUCCCAGGCCAGAACCAGUCCCAAUUCCUUCAGUCGCAACAGACCGGGUUCAUGACCAAUCCGCAGGCUACUGGAUAUGCAGGCCCUCGGCCUCCAAUGCCGCCGAUGCCUACUGGUUACGGGUCGAACCUUAGCCCCGCCCAGACCGGUGGAAUACAAGGUCUGAGUGUGCAGCCUACGGGAUUGGUGGCGCAACCUACGGGUAUCCCCGGACAAUGGGGAUUUAUCAACACACCGGCGCAGGGUUUGCCCAAUAUCGAUGCUAUGAAGCAGCAACUCAUGCCGCAGCCUGGGCGUGAAGGUGGCUUUAGUGCUGUUGGCCUUUCAGGAAAUGCUAAAGUUGCCUGGGCAAUUACCAAGGAGGAAAAGAAGAUUUACGAUGAUCUUUUCCGCGCAUGGGACGGUUUCCGCAAGGGCUUCAUUACUGGCGAGACUGCCAUCGAGAUCAUGGGUCAAAGUGGUCUGAAUAGAAAAGACCUGGAACGAAUCUGGACCCUGGCUGAUCCUCAUAACCGUGGCCGACUGAACAUGGAUGAGUUCGCUGUGGCUAUGCACCUGAUCUACCGUGCCCUGAACGGAUACCCAGUUCCAAGCCGUCUACCACCCGAGCUUGUUCCUCCUUCUACAAGACACUUAAACGAUUCAAUCGGUACAGUCAAGUCUCUUCUCUCCCAGGAUGCUGAGACUCGUAAAGCUACUGGGGCAUUCCUGCAGCCGCAGAAGACUGGUGUCAGCUACCUCAAAGAUCACUCUUUCCGUGGUGGUGCAGCAGGCUCUGCUGAGGCCAACAGAAAGGAUGCUACGGUGUUCAAGAACAAUGACUCCGCUGGUGGAUACCGCUCUAGUGCUCGCCGUCGUGUUGCUAAUGGGGCUCGUACUCCGUCACCAGCCGCCUCUGGCGCGUCAGAGGAGGAGUAUUCCGUGGAACAGUUGCGGAAGAAGAUCCGUGAAGCCAAAGUCAUGAUUGACGCUGCCGACUUUCAAGACGAGAACCGGGCCGAGGAUGACGAUGCUCUAGAUCGCCAGGAUCGCCGCGAGGCAGAGGCUCUGAUGGACCGUAUCCGUCGUGUACAGGACGAUAUCGAUACCCACCCCAAUGCCUCAUUCCGUCAAGUGGACAGUGGGGCAGAUCGCAGAGCUCUUCGUCGCCAGUUACAGUCUUUUGAAGAUCAAGUGCCUCAGGUUGCAUCUGAUGUACGUCGUAUUGAGCGUGAGAUCGCGGAUGCGAAGCUUGAGCUCUUUCGUCUCAAGGAUGCCAGAGCACACCCCGGUGGUGCCUCUAACAUCGUCGGCACUGGCCCUGGCGGUACUGUGACCGAAGCAGAUCGAAUUAAGGCCCGCGCACGUGCGCGCAUGCAAGCUCGGGCUGCGGAGCUCUCCGGCCGCCCCGCGCCCGUGACGGAAGAUGACGAUGGCCAAGCGGCUCGUCGUCUGGAGUCCGAGAGCACUAACGUGAAGAUUGAGCGGGAGCGCAACGAGACCAUGACUCACGAUGUUGAGGAAAGUGUGCGUGAUUUCGCUCGCAGUUUGGAGGAUAGUCUUCGGGACCAAGGCCAAAAUUCCACACGUGAGCACGAAAAGCGUCGUUGGGAAGAUGCAUUAGGGGUUGAGGACGUCAUCCGCGACUUUAUCUACGACCUGAGUCGUAACGCGCGAACUGCAAAUGUUCGCAAAGAAGAGCGAGAGAGAUCUUUCUCUGGGGUGCAGUCUCGGGAAUCUCCAACGGCUGAAUCUGCUCCUGCUCGCCCGUCGAUGCCCCAGUCCGUGGACUCAUCAAGCUCUCUUACUGGUAAUACACAUGAGGAUCGUGUGGCGGCUGCUCGAGAGCGUGCGCAGAAGCGCAUUGCUGAGCGCAUGGCUGCUGCUGGUUUGAAGCCCAACGACUCCAGUGAAACUCUUGUGCAACGCCAGGAACGCGAGAGGAAGGAGCGCGAAGACCGUGUUAGACGCGCCGAAGAAGAAGAUGCUAAGCGGGAACAAGAAAGACAGCGUCGCCUAGCUGAGGAACGGGGUGUGCCUAGUGAUGCAGCUUCGAAGACUGCGGGCAAGAAACCACCGCCAGCGCCGCCCACCCGCAGGGCUCGGGCGGAUAGUGCCGGCCAAGCCGAUGGCAAGAGGGAAGAUGAGUUCACUAAAAUGGAUCAGGCUGCCCGUGAGCAGGCCAUCAAGGAAAAGCAAGAAGUUCAGGAGGCGGAGACCAAGCGUCUAGAGGGCGAGGCCAGUCAACGCGAGCUGGAAUUCCAACAGGAAAAGGAUGCCCAAGCCGCUCGCCUUCGUGCACUUGAGGAACAAGUCCGCCAGGGCAAGAUCAAGAAGCAGGAAGAGAAACGCCGUAGGGAAGAAGCUAGUCGCAAAUCCAAAGAACAGGAAGCUAUUCUUGCAGCUCAACGUGUCGAAUUGGAGGCGGCCAAGGAACGUGAGCGACAGCUGCAGCGUGAACUCGAGGGACUUGACGAGCCAUCGUCCGAUGACGAAGGCCCUGCCGAUAUUACGCCUCAGUACAGCACCCCGACGCAGAGCCAAAUUCUCCCCACCUCGCCUCCCGUGCCCACAAUAGCUAUCCCUGAACCUCCCGCCCCCGAAAGCGUGCCUAGCGAAGUGGUCUCCCUUGAAAGCAGCCGUGGUGUUCCUGCCGCCACGCUCGAUGCUGAGUCCAAGAAUCCAUACUUCAAGAUAUUGGGACAGCCAUCCGACCCCACCCAAGCGACCUCGCCGUCUGCCACUGCUCAGUCUACGAAUCCUUUCCACCGCUUGACGCAGCAAGAGCCCAUCAAAUCCACCUUCACCGGGGCAGCUCCCCUGGAACGCAAGACUCGAGCCCGCCCCGAGGAAGACGAUGACUGGUCCGCUGCCGGCUCCGAGUUUGAUUCGUCUGAUGAUGAAGACGACCGUCCAACCGGCGGUAGCGCUAAACAACUUGCCAGCAUCCUGUUUGGCACGAUGGCGCCCCCACGUCCUCUGAGUGCUAUGGGCGAAGACAGGUCUGCCUCGAAAUCCGCAACCCCGGUACAAGGAAGCCCUAUUGCACCUCCGCCCCCACCCCCAGCAACUCUGCCUCCUCUUCCUGCUGUACCAGGCUCUGGCGAAACUAUCUCCCCAUCACUCGCGCCAUCUGCUGUACCUCCUCCUCCACCUCCUCCUCCCCCAGGAGCCGGUGCUCUUCCAGUUCCUCCGCCACCCCCUCCAGCUGGCAUCCCACCUCCACCUGCUCCCCCAGCCGUGGCCGGUGGCGCUGUCGGCCGAGGCGCCCUCCUCGCGUCUAUCCAGCAAGGUAUGACCCUGAGGAAGACUCAAGUGAAUGACCGCAGUACAAGCUCGUCGGCUGGACGCGUGCUGUGA